AUGGCAUCAGAAGAUCGACCGAACGGAAGUAGUGCCCCAGGAAGGGUACUUUCCUUGGGCCUGGAGCCCUUUUGCUUCAGACAAUUUGACGACCCCAAAUUUGCAGGGACGAAAAUCCCAUUGGAUAAAGAUACUUUUCUUAAGGAGAUUGCCAAGGAGAAUGCUGCCAUGACGAAGUGUGUUGAAGUCGUCGAUGCAUCAAAACCUGAAUGGUUCAUUGUGGCGAUCAAGGCGCAAGAUGAACCAUUUGAGCUUCCGAUGAAUCCCAUUACGAUCAUGCGAAACGCGCUUAUAGAGGAGGGCGGCAGUGGCGUUUCCCUAGAUCGCGAAGCGUAUGCACGCUCGGUAGAAUACUGGAGCAAACACGUGGUGGUUCAAGACGACGAUGAAUGA